GGCCUGGGCGUUGCGUUCAGGGCAGCUUUUAUGGAGUGUUUGAAAGUUGUCAAUAGAGGGAAGAAGAAGACGAAGGAGAAUAGGAGUGGAGAGCGAGAGAAGCUUCAAAGCAGCAGAGCUCAGAAGAGGAGGAAUGGGCUGCAGUCACAGCAAGAAGAAAAGCAAAGGCAAGAGGGGAGAGAAAAACCAGAAAAACAGCCACAGAGAUGAAGGUAAACGCACAUCAGGUGAGCAGGACGUCUAUCUGGGGAAGCAGCUGGAGCGCUUUGAGUGGCAGCUUAGGACUGUGAAGGAAGUGCUGUCAGCCAAUGGGGACCCAGAGAGGGUGGAGAUACUGAAACAGCACGCUGACGAAGAGGUGUGCGCCCUCGUACUGAGCAUCCUGGAUAAGGUGAAGACAGAGACAACGGCCGAUCUGCACGUCCUACACGAACAGAAAAGUAAAGCUGCUGCUGAGCAGUAUGACAGAAGCGUGGAAGAGCUGCAGAAGAGACACGAACAGGAAAAGACUGAACUGACAGAAAAGUUUCAGACUGCUGAGAACAUCCUGAAGGGUAAAGUAGAGGAACUGACAGCAGAUCUGCAGGUUUAUAAUGAGCUGAAAAGGAGAGUUGAAGAAUCAAUGUUUAAGAAGGACCUGCAGAGAAAUAUUCAGGCCCAUGGCAGCCCAGGUGCAUUCUGGGAGUCUGAGCAGGAGUCUCUGCUCUUUGUCAUUGAGAUGAAAAGUGAGCGCAUGCAAGAACAGAGCAGGAAGCUGCAGCAGAUGGAAGCUCUGAUUGAGAAGAACUUGACUUUGGAGGAUCAGAUCAUCCACCUCCUGCAGCAGAAUGAGGAUCUGAGAGUCCGAAUAGACAACUGCCAGACUCUCAUUCAGCAGUUAUCAAAGGAGCAGCAGGACAUGAAGGUUGCACUGGAGAGGCAGGCAGUAAUCAACCAGAAGCUUUCUCAGGAAAAAGAGCAGCUGAUGUUCAAACUGAGACACAGGGACUCGUGUCCCACCAUCCACCUGUCCGCCAUGGUGCAGGAGAUCGGACCCAGAUGACUCUGAUCUCAUGAACCGUAUGUGUGACUCUGUGCAGAUAAAACCAGACUGUGUUUGGUUGUACAGCUGCCCAUAACUCUCAAGGUAACAUGCAUUUGGCCCGAUUUACCUCUUACUAACUGGGCUUUGAGCUCAAACUGGGCAUGUCCUACCAACCACCUGGAGACCAACAGUCAUCACAACUCUGCUGUUCUGGGUUUGAGUUUCAGAGCUUUAAGGUGGAUCCUGUCGGCAUCGGUGCAGAACACCACAAGAAUAAAUAUUCCCAAUUUAAACUGCAGCUCACUGGUAAGGCUCUAAAGCUAGCAUGUUGUGCAGGUUUACACGGACCCUAGCCGAGUCUAGCCAACAACUAAGUGAGUUUCCAGUGUGUUCCAACUGUUUCCUGGAUGUACACUUGCAAUCAAAACCAGUCAGCCACAAUAGCUAGCUAUCUUGCUAUCUGCCAGUUAGCAGUUUAGCAAGGAAGCAAAAUAAUUUAGCAUUGUUUAUACCAUGUCAACAUUGUGAAUUUGCAAGUUUGUUGAAGUUUGUGAGUUAAGAACUUUAUGCUACUUUGCCCCCGUGAACAACUCCACUCAUCAAGACGUUCAUUUUGGGUCAUUCUGCUGUCAAAAAAUGUUUGCUACCCACCCUUAGUUACUGCAAUCUGAGACUCGCAUAAUAACUGAAUGUGUCAUAUUUUCUGGUGAAAUCUGACAUCAUGUCAUGAUUUAGUAAAGGUUUAUCAUAAACCUUUACUACUUCACACUGACCCCUCAGUCUUUGCUGCAUUGAAGCCAUAGGAGAAGCCACACUUUUGAUUUUUAUCAGGGAAAAAAUUAUUUUGAAACGCUUGUGACGCCUAACCGAAGCACAGUUCAUGAUUAUAUCACUGUCUGGGUGUCAGGCACUGAGCAGUUCUGAGUUUAAGUGCCUUGUUCAGUGGCCCACAUUUGUGUGGGUAGUUAUGGGAACGAGGUGCUUUACUGAUCCACUUUUCCCAUAACUUGACUAUCCUUAAGCUGUACAGCUAGCAGUGAAGCCUCCAGAAGCACUUCAGGUGAUUUUUAUAUUCCACUUCAACUUGGAUGCCCAUUUGAGGUUCUUCAGGCAUCUUAUGAGACCCUCAGAAGAAAACAUGAUUUAAGCAAUUCAUUGAGGACCCCUUCAGGUUUCCCUCUGAUUGCAAACUAGGACCUUUUAAAGGUGACUCUUGCUCAAAAUAUUCAGAGGUUCACCUUAUAUACCUGGCCACACUCCUAGGAUGUUCAAGUAUGUAAACCCUACAAACGAAGGAAUUUAAAAAUUUAGACCUCAUCAACUGUGAUUUUACUCAUUUUCUGAUUGCAUGCUGUUACAAAUGACUCUUGGCUUUUUAUUGUCGAGCUCUCUUUAUUGCUGCUGUCGGGAGACAACACCAGUUUACUUUCACUGUCAAAUCUGAUUUCCAGCAUUCAGGAGCUGUAAGAACAAAGUGUUUUCUGAGCUGUUACUGUGCUAACUUUACUGUUAGCACAUUAGCUUUCAGCACAAAUUACAGCUGAAAAACUUUGAUUGGAACAAUCUGUGUCCAGUGUUUAGCUCUUGUGGUAAACAUCUUACAGUUACAGCAGUGCUGUUUUACAUUUUUCAACCACAGAAAAAUUUUGUCAGGUGUGCAAUGAGUUUUAAAUUCUAAUUAGGGUGCUAAUGUGUCUGCAGACCUUUUCGACCUGGUCAUAUUAGAGAAUGACUUGUAGUUGGUGCUGGGGUUCAGUGUCAGUGACAUAGUACAACUUUUGUAGAGCAGGUUGUUCGGCUACAAUGGCUGGAAGAGCAAACUGUAGAGCUAAUUUAAAAAGCCAUCCUAGCUGGUAAGCUAUCAAACAAGACUGAAUAAUGUUUCUUGACUGUGCUUCAAAACUAGCCAUGUACAGCAGGGUGCCAAGCUAGCUAUCUUGCUGGUAUAUAAAACUGUUUGACUACUAUGGCUGGAGGGCUAAUGAAUUAUGUGCUUGUUAGCUGGUAACAUACUCAAGAUAACUCUCAGAGUUAGCUUAGCCAGAGUUACUUAAGUACUAGAUAACAAACCAAACACACACUAUUGUACUGUACCAGAAACCUCUGAAGACUGCAUGUUAUACACAAGCAAAACAGGGUUAUGUGAAACUAAAUUAUGUGACUUGGCUAAUGUGAUUGUGGACUGUUCCGCUCUUUGCUCACAGGUCAGCAUUGUCGAAGCAGGAACUGAACAGGGUUGCGAAGUCUCGUUACCCAUUCAGAGCUGUGUUUACUGUCAGUUUUUCACUGUUGAUGUUUAAAGCAUAGUUAAAGUUUUACUUGAUAAACAAUCACAGAACAAUCAUCACUGUAUACAUCUUGCCUUAAAAAAAUUCAAUAGCUAUCAGUUCAGAUGUAUUAAGUCUUCUUAAAGAUGUGAAAAUAAUGCCGUUUUAGUUCUUUUUUUAAUGAGAUGAUGGAUUUAUGGAUUUGAUCUUUUGUAUUGUCAAAAAAAAAAAACCUUUGUCAGUGUUUUGACAACUCUUUCUCCUUACGCACCAGCACUUUGACCAGUAUUUUACCAGGAGUUUAUUUUAGAGAGAUUUUUCCAUGUUGUAUGGUUUUGAAAUUGCUCAUCUUCUCAUGUCUGAAAACUUUCUUGGCUGGAUUGAAAGCCAGCAGUAACUUUUUUGUUUUUGGUGUGACUAAAUAAAAACUGCAACUAAAA